AUGACCUCACGCAUACGUUCUGUCCUUCGACCUAAUCUCCCUCCACAUAUCGCUCUAUCUCUUGCGAAAAAAGCUGCUCCGUUAAGUCCAGCGGUACCAUUCUUUCGUGAUUUAGGACAUACGAUACCUACGAAAUGGGCACUGUAUCGACCUCUUCUUAAAACAACGACUUGUUUACCAAGUACUCGACGUGAGAUCAGGACGAAAUGGCAAGAGAAAAAGGGAUUAACCUCAGUCCCGAAAGUGAGAGUAUUCCUUCAAGAAUACCAUGAUCUCCUAGAUCAUUUACGAUCCAGCGACCCUUCCUAUAACGAAGAAACCCAAUCACUUGAAUGUAAAUUAGUGGAGAAACAUCGUUCAUUUGAUGAAUCACAGACUCGCUUGAAAGAACCACAAAUGCCAGUCCCGAUGAAACCCAGAUUGACAGGAUCAUUUUAUCGACCAACAUUGUUCAAUCCUCCUUUACCAAGAAUGAAACCCCAACCAAUUGAAAUAGGUGCCAUGAUACAUAAUCGAUUACGUGCAAGGGAGAGAAGAAUAGCCAAAAGGAAAGAGUACGCUUCUUUGUUGACUGAUAUGAAAUUGGAAGUUGGGUUUUGGAAAUCUACAAUUGCUACUGCCCCUGCUACUACUCCUCAAAUACGGGAAGCCUCGAAUGACAACAAUAAUCAAGAUUGGGUUAAAGGGAAAGAUCCAAGAUCACCUGGAGGUUGGGAUGGUACAAUCAAGAAUGAAUUGAAACUCAUGGAUGAAAGAUUCGAAAAGGAACAUAAACGGUCUGAGAUGGUCUUUGACCAGUACCUAUUAAAAAGAGUGGGUAAAGCAAGACAAAGAAGAGACAUCUGGUGGAAGGAACUGAAAGAGAAGAAAAAGAAGGGAAAGGACGAAAGUUCGACAGUCGACGGUCCAACGUGA